CAGCGCCCGCGGCGGGGCUCGGCCGGGCCGGGCCGGGCCGGGGGCGGAAUGGCGGCUUGGGCGCGGGCGGUGCGGGGGCUGCUGCUGGAUGUCAGCGGCGUUCUCUACGACAGCGGCGGAGACGGCGGGGUGCCCAUCGCCGGCUCGGUGGAGGCGGUGCGCAGGAUCAAAGCAUCUGGUCUGAAGCUGCGGUUCUGCACUAACGAAACCCAGGCAACCCGGGAGAAGUUUGUGAAGAAGCUCCAGGGCAUGGGCUUUGACAUCUCUGUGGCUGAAGUGACUGCCCCAGCGCCAGCAGCCUGCCGCAUUUUGAAGGAGCGUGGCCUGAGACCACACUUGCUCGUGCAUGACGAUCUCAUCCCUGAAUUUGCAGAGAUUGAUAAAGCAAACCCAAACUGUGUGGUAAUUGGAGAUGCAGCAGAAAACUUCACCUAUGCAAAUCUCAAUGAAGCUUUCCGUGUUCUGAUUGGGAUGGAGAAGCCUGUUUUGCUCUCCCUUGGAAGAGGACGCUACUAUAAAGAAACUGAUGGUCUGAAGCUUGAUGUUGGAGCAUAUAUGAAGGCAUUAGAGUAUGCUUGUGAUGUUCAAGCUGAGGUAGUGGGAAAACCAGCAAAACAGUUUUUUGAGUCAGCCUUAGCAGAAAUGGGAGUUCCACCACAGCAGGCCAUCAUGAUUGGAGAUGAUAUUGUGAAUGAUGUUGGAGGCGCUCAGCGGUGCGGUAUGAGAGCUCUGCAAGUGCGGACAGGGAAGUACAGGCCUUGUGAUGAAAACCACCCUGAUGUGAAGCCUGAUGCCUACGUGAACAACCUUGCUGAAGCAGUUGACAUUAUCCUCCAGCAGAUGUAAAACCAGUGGCACUGUGAAUGAUUGGAAGGAACGAGGAGGAUCUCUCACAUGCAGUUUCUUUGUGAGGCCACUUUGUCUUCUCCCACCUCCAUCUGACAUUAAGCAAAACCAGUCUUUUCCCAGGGUAAUGAACACCCAGUGUUGCUGAACAUUUUAUGUAACUGACUCAUUAGUUAGCUGACAGUAUGACUGACCUCAUCAAAGACAACACCAACCCUGCUGUCCUCCAGCAUGUCUUGAAUGUCUUUCCCUUGGGGCUGUGCCCCUGCCAGCACAGGGAGCAAAACUAGCUCUCCCCAGAAGUGAUAGGUUAUUCCCCAUCUAGGGCUUCAUGAUGAGACUUUUCUCUUUAACUCACUCUUUCUGUGCCUUUUGAGGUGUCUGAGAUGGAAUGGAGGAUCUCCUUGAGGGGUGAUGGAGGCCAGCAAGCCCUGGACUGGGAUGCACAGGGUCCUGUGUGUGUCUUUUGCUGUAGGUAGCAUGAAAACCCUGGGGAGAGGGCCAGCCCCACCUUGGCAAGCUGUGAACCACAAUUUUGGCAAGGCUUAGCCCGUGUCCAGCACCACCUUAGGUUAGGGCUUGAGAAUCUGGUAACGUUGCAACAUGUUGUGCAAUGAUCACACUGUCCAGUUGGGAAUAAACCUCUUCCUGUGGGUCUGGCUCA